AUGUAUGUAGAUCUAUCAUUUCUGGUACCGGUUGGUACUUUCUCGACAACACCAACCCUAGGACUAGCUGGCAGCUGGCUAGGGUCUUUCCUGUCUCUUGUCUGGUCUCUUGCUUGCACACAUGGCUUUCCCAGUAGUGGGAAUUUCCCCUGUGUUGUGUGUGUGUGGGCAAUGAGAGCUGGUUCCAAGAAAAUUCUAGAGGCUGCUUUGAGGCAGUACGAAGAUCAAGAAUAUCUUCAACUGCGCUACACUUGUAACACCAGUCAGCUCCCAUCAGAGAUUGCCUCGCAGUUUGUACAGCUGGACAAGGACGAAGAAACCAUUGCAUUUUUGAACAAAAGUCGUCGAAAUUCAGGAAACAUUUGUCUUCAGCUGCUCUACACCUGUGUGCAGAUACUGCUGAGCCUGUUUUUCUCACAGACUAGCAUCAAUGGACUACUAGAGAAAGGCAGAAUGUUUGUGUUUUCCACCAAGCACCUCUCACUGUUGCUCCCAUCUGUCUCUCCUGCCCUUGUCCUGGAUAUCGGUUCAGGUGAUGGUCAUGUGACUGACAAAAUUCGAGAGAGUUUUGGGGUUAAGUCCAUUCGGGUGACCGAAAUGUCUAGAGUCAUGCAGAGGACACUCAGGAAGAAAAAAUAUCAGGUUUUGAGUGUGGAGAAGUGGCACGAGGAGGAAGUAUCCUAUGACCUCAUCAGCUGUCUGAACGUCCUGGACAGAUGUGACACACCACUGACCAUGCUCAAACGCAUGCACAACAAACUCUCUCCUGGUGGACACCUGCUCCUCACUCUCGUGUUGCCAUAUCAACCAUUUGUGGAGAGUUGGGCAUCCCAAGCCCCGCCCAGUGAGGUCUUGCCACUAAAUGAGGGGGAUUGCUGGGAGGAGGGAGUGGGGGAGCUGUGGGAGAAGACUUUGAAGCCACUGGGAUUUGAGUUGAUGGCAGUGAGCAGACUGCCAUAUCUCUGUGAGGGAGACUUGAAUCAGGACUACUUCUCUCUUGACGAUGCCGUCUUUGUAUUGAAGAAAAAAUAAUUCCCAGGUGUUGCUGCUUUUUAUUCAUUGUAUUUUUGAUUCAAUUCACGAUUUGUGAACACAAUAAUAAUAUAAUAGCCAACAAAAUAAUAUUGAUUGCAAUCUAA